UUGGAUUGCCCAAACGCCUAUGAAACCCACAAGGAGGAAGUUACGUUAGAGGUCAACAAAGUAAAGCAUGGCGGCGUCAUCCAAGAAAAUGUACCAGGUGUUCGUAGCAAAAAUACCAUGGACAGUUGCUACCAGGGAGAUGAAGGAAUACUUUGGGCAAUUUGGACCUGUCAAGAACUGUACAAUGCCUUUUGACAGAGAAACAGGUUUUCACAAAGGCUUCUGCUGGGUGGGAUUCAGCUCAGAGGAAGGUAUGAACAACGCGCUGCAGAAAGAGCCACACAUUAUUGAAGGGUCAAAGCUUCAAGUUCAGAAGAACCAACGACCGUUUACACAAAAAUCCAACAUGACUAAAAAGGAGUUUGAGUCCGAGUGACCACCUGGAAAAGUCUGUCUGUCUUGUGUUGUGCAGCAAAAAACAUUGUCACCACGGUUCAAAUAAAAAUAAAUGCAAUAAAAACCA